AUGGGCUUUACUCUCUUGCAUGACGUUUUUGAGCAGGAAUGUGGCACAUGUGAACUGCCGAUGGAGCCCAACAUUAGGGUGUGUACGUGUAUAACGCGUAUGAAGCAAGAAGACCUGUGGCCUCACAAAAGUAUUUUUCUGUCGACUCAUACUUUCCCUUAUACGCUGCCAAAGCUAAAGGAGGGCAUAACGAUUUGCAUGAUCAAUCGGGCAUUGGUGUCGGCUUCUUUCAAGGAUUUUUCCAAAGAAAAGUUAUCUGGUAACCUUAUUUCCGUGGACGUGAUCAGCUUAUUAUUGAGGAAAAUAUGGAAAUACGAUAAAGAUGUGAUAUCUGGUCACAAUUCCAGUUUUGUCUUUGCUAAUAGAAAUACUGUGUUAGUGCAUGAGUCAGCGAUACCGUCGUCACCACCGCUUUUGAUCGAUGUUGCUCCACACCGAAAGAAUGAGAAUACAAGCUUGCAUAAGUCAGUGUUAAUCUUACGUUCUCGAUAUUUUUAUCACCAUACGGGUGUGGCGUUAGUGUUGUUCGUGCUCUGUAAAGCCUCUGUUUUUCAGUCUAUAAAAUUGCUUUGGCUGCUUCAUAUUCCGAGUACAUUGGCGCGAGAUGCUAAUGUUUUCCUACCAGCACGUCAAGGGAGAUUUUUGGAGAUUCUUGCAACCAGACGGCUGUGGAAGAACCGCCAACGGAUCGAGUCUGUUGUUCUUAUUCCUUGGUUUGGUCUGAAGAUCGUACUUGAUGAUUUGGCUGUCAUAUUCAUUUUUCGGUCCGUGCCAGCGAUUCUUAUUUCACGAGACCAGGAAGUAUUUGAUCUUCUCCAUCAUGGAAGACUUGUUGUCUGA